GCGAAGGGUUUAUUAUGGUGUCCGACAUUUUUGGUAGGGUGAUGAGGAGUGGCGUAACGAAUAUGUAGGAAAUUAAGGUUCCUUCGUUUAUAUUACACUUUACUGAUGUUGCAGAUGAAAUGUAGGGUGCUUUUGAAACCCGUCGCGUGUCUUUGAGGACUUGGUGCAUUUGCGCUGUAUACAACUGAUGCGUGUGAGGAGACCUGUGAUUGGAUGACAGGCAGUGUGAUUGGCACAUGAUCUGCCACUGCUGUUUUGUCUGAUCUAGGAUCUGUAGAGUACAGUCUGCUGUAUUUACAAGAUUUAAUAGUCAAUAUACGGGACAAUUGAAGUCCUGUAUGAAACAAACUAAUUUAGCCCAAUAUACGGGAUGUCCCGGCUAAUACGGGACAGUUGGCAACCCUAUGCACAGGUGGAGAUUCACCUGUACUCUUCAGCUCUUUCUCUUGUUUUCAUCAGAGAUUCACGGUGGCCCAACAGACACCAAUGAAGAAGAAGCCUUGUAAUCUCCUGCCCACCAAACGUGGCAGGCAGGACAUUGCCAGCUAUGAGUGUGCAACAGAGCUGGGCACCGUCCUGGCAACAAACACCCCACCAACAGCCUCUGAAACUCAACCAGAAUCCACCUCACAAAUCAGGCGACUGUCUAUGCAGCGACACAGUCACAACCUCCUUAAGUUCCUGGAUGAGGACCGGAGUCGACAGAGGUUUUGUGAUGUGUCCGUGUCUGUGGGUGGGACGCUCUACAAUGCGCAUAAGGUAGUGUUGGCCCAUGGGAGCAGCUACUUCCAUGCAGAGCUUUCAAAGAACCCUGCAACAGCACAUGUUACUCUGGACCAUGUGGAUGACUCUAUUUUCCAACACCUGCUUGGUUUAUUGUACACAUCUGAAUGUGUGGUCGCUGAGAGGGAACUCCCAGCUCUAAUAGAAGCAGCCCGAUUCCUGGACAUGAUGGACAUACUGAAGCUGCUGUGUGAAGAGGGGUACAGCAACCCAGUACAAGUGAUCCAGGCACAGGAUGAGAUGAGAGGGUGUACUGUGUUUGAAAUGAUCCCCAGUGAAUCUCCAGCAGAUGACACAGACAUCCAGAGUUCUCCCAGUCAACACUUAAGCACUGAGAUCUCUUUACAGAACAAUUUAGAUGAGAGUCUCACCAACGUACCACAGGAAACCUCAUCUGAGGCAGAAAAGAUGGCUGGUCAGACAAUUGCUACCACACGGAGAUCAGCUCGCAGGAGGAGAGCACCCACAAAGUACCAGAAGGACAAUGCAAAGGAAACUUCUGAGAACAAGCAGAGCACUGACUCAGCAAGAGACCAAGAUGAAGAAAGAGUUAUAGAAGUAGGCAAAAUGGUUGUGGGAAGCCAAGUGCCCAAACCGGAGAUGCCCAAACCAGUUACUGGGGAAGUUGUGGACGAAGGGGAAGUGGAAGAGGAAGGGGACAUGGGUGAGGACAUGGUAGCUCAUAGGAAAGUUGAUGUUGUCUUAGCAGACAAGGUUCAAGGGCAGCAGGGUUCAGAUGUAGAAAGAGCAGAGAAUCAGGCAGUACAAGAGGUAGGAGUUAGAGCAUCAACAGCAGGAAGCUCUACCCAGGGUCCGGUGUACCCUGAGGGUCUUGCCCCAGUCAUCAUUCAGACCUCCAGCAAGAAGACUCUGAAGUGCCCUAAAUGUGACAAGACCUUUGACCGUGCAGGGAAGUAUGAGAGUCAUACCAGAGUACACACAGGAGAAAAACCAUUCCAGUGCGACAUCUGUCUCCAGCGUUACUCCACAAAGUCAAACCUGACCGUACACAAGAAGAAGCACACCAGUGAUGCUCCGAUCCAGAAGAAGGAGCACAAGUGUCCUUUCUGUAGCAAACUCCAUGCAAGCAAGAAAACCCUCGCCAAGCAUGUCAGGAGAUUUCAUCCAGACCACAUCCAAGAGUUUCUUACCAAGAGGAAGAGGAAGAGCGAGGGCUGGAAAUGUGCCAUUUGUCUGAAGACUUUCAGCCGCAGGCCUCAUCUGCAGGAGCACAUGAUCCUGCACACCCAGGACAGACCGUUCAAAUGCUCCUUCUGCGACGAAUUCUUCAAGUCCAGGUUUGCGAGGCUGAAACACCAAGAAAAGUACCACUUAGGUCCCUUUCCCUGUGAGAUUUGUGGCCGGCAGUUUAAUGACACAGGCAACAGGAAGAGACACAUUGAGUGUACACAUGGAGGCAAGAGAAAGUGGACCUGCUUUGUUUGUGGGAAAUCUGUAAGAGAAAGGACAACAUUGAGAGAGCACAUGAGGAUCCACAGUGGCGAGAAGCCUCACCUCUGCAGUAUCUGUGGACAAAGUUUCCGUCAUGGCAGCUCCUACAGGCUUCACCUCCGAGUUCACCAUGAUGACAAGCGCUACGAGUGUGACGAAUGUGGGAAAACCUUCAUACGCCACGAUCACCUGACCAAACAUCAGAAAAUACACUCUGGUGAGAAAGCACACCAAUGUGAAGAGUGUGGCAAGUGCUUCAGACGCCAUGAUCAUCUGACUGUCCACUACAAGAGCAUUCAUUUGGGGGAGAAAGUUUGGCAAAAAUAUAAAACUGCUGUUCAUCAGUGUGAGGUUUGCAAGAAAGAGUUUAAAGGAAAGUCCAGUCUAGAAAUGCAUUUCAGGACCCACUCAGGUGAGAAACCCCACAGGUGUCCAGAAUGUAACCAGACCUUUCGUAUCAAGAAGACGUUGACGAAGCACAUGGUGAUUCACUCAGACGCUCGUCCGUUUAACUGUCCGCACUGCAGCGCCACCUUCAAAAGAAAGGAUAAGCUCAAGUACCAUGUGGACCACGUGCACAGUACCCGGUUUACCGAGCAGCCUAUCAGCACAAUCGAGGAAGUCAAAAUAGUCUCCGUUCCCUUUGAGGAAUCUUCAAAGUCAUACAGUGCUGAACCAAAGUCCGCACUGAGCCCCCCUCCCCAUGCUAAUGUGUGCGUGCCGGUCACUUUAGUACCAGUCCAGAUGGCAGGAGGAGCACCGGGACACCUGAAUGCUCACAGAGCCACUCCUCUCCCCGCCCAGACUCACAGCGCUGUGAGCAUGCAGGCUCAAGGACAGCAGCAGAACUCUGGCUACCAGGCGUCCUCAGACCUGGCCUUCUUAGAGAAGUACACUCUCACCCCCCAGCCAGCCAACAUCGUGCACCCUGUGAGGCCCGAUCAGAUGCUGGACCCCCGGGAACAGUCCUACCUUGGCACUCUGCUGGGACUGGAUUCAGCUUCAUCAGUGCAGAACAUAUCUAACUCUGAGCACUCACACUGAUGCCUCUCAGCCAGAAAACGGGGCCAGUGAGGCACAAUCCAGCUUUAUACAACGUGAUGAAACAGAAAAGCAGAAGCUGCUUUAUUUGUUUGCCCUGCACAGAGGUCACAUGUAAGACAAAGCUAUUCAACUAUGCUUGAUGAACUUGAAAUUUGUUGAGUGACACAAUAUCUUUAACCUCAUUUAAAGCCUAGACAGAUUUAAUAUGAAUUUCAUUCUUUAUUACAACCAAAAUAAAAAUAUGUUUGGGGAAAUGUAAAAAAAAGAAACCUGAGAGUUUUUUUUUCCUUUGUGAUAACAUAAGAAAAACUUGUAAAAUAUCCUCUUUAAACUCAGAUGAAACUGAAAAAAGAGAGCACCACAAAUGAACCAAGAACACACAUUAAAAAUAUCACAAAAUCCAAGGCUGCAUUUUUCUGUUCUCUGAAGUAAAUGCUGAAUGACGAAAUAUAUUUAACUGAACUGUUCCCUCAUGUAGCAGGUUUUGACCUCCAUGUGUGUCUCUGGUUCUUACUGAUGAUUUGUUUUUGUUGCUUCAAAGUGUAGUUGUGUUUCAGGUUAUUUUCAUGAGCAGUUGUAGUUUUUUAAAGAUAUCAGUUGACUUGCAGAAAAUGAAUUCAUUAAUUUUGAUUCACUUAUUGGUAUGUAAAUGUAUUUAUCCUGUUAAAUUAACAGCAGUGUUUUACAGAUUGUAGUGUGUCUAUCACUGAUUUACAUGUGUUCAGAUAAAGUACACAAAAUACAUUUGUAAAACAUGAUACGUUUAUUGGAAAUCAAGAAUCCUUGCAGAAUAGUUCCUACAAAAUCUCACGAGAACUUUUAAGUUUUGUUACAAAAGAUGGUACCUGCACAUGUUCAUGAACUUUAUUUAAAAUACAUGUAAUAUGUGGUUUCAGAUUUAUUUUAUAGUAUCUGUUUUUAGUGAGGUGAAAGUUGUAAAACAGACAACACAGGAAAAAACAUUACUUGCAUCUUCAGGUUGUUUUAAUGAUGUAUAUUUGUUAUUUGGUAUUUGCACGAAAUUAAAUAUAUAGUUCUGCA